AUGGAUAGGGAAGAUGGUGAAAUGAGUGACGACAAUGCGAUGGCUGUGGAUGAUGUAAAGGAACCAAUUUCAUUUGAUAAAGAUUGUGAAGUGAUAUAUAGAGCUGCUAAAACUGGGUUGGUCAUUGAAAAAUUGGAAAAAGUUGAUGCUUCUAAGAUAGAAGAAAGGGCUAAGAGAUUCGGUCUUAAUCUGACUGGAAAUAGAGUGAUCACACAGAGACAAAUUGAUGAAUUAUAUGCUAAUUGUGGUAUAGAAAGUGGAAAUGAAAGACAUUUUCGCUUUGAUGCAAUCAAUUUAAGUGGUGUUGAUGGCCUUACUACUAAAGAGAUAUUCCAAUAUAUGGAAGACUAUAAACCUUUGUCUCUAGAAUGGACAGAUGACAUUUCAUGUAAUGUUGUGUGUCAAGAUCAUAUUUCAGCAGCAUUGGCACUAUUGGUUCACUCUAGGGAAAUCAAAGAUGAAAACCUGAAGCAAAUACUUUCCGAGAAAUCAUAUCAUCAUUGGCGAGAGGGUAUGCCCCAUCCAAACAAAGAUUUAAUAUUGAUGAGAUUUGCAACAAAUGGAGAUAAAAAAAUUGCCAGAAAGAAACCACAUAGCAAAAAUGUUGAUGAAUAUUAUGAUCAAACAAUGGAUUCUAUCAAUAAAAAUCCAUGGGGAGAUCUAUGUAAAUCAUGGGGGGUGUAUGAUCAUCAGGAAGUAUUUCAGCGUAAGCCUAUAUAUAACGAUCAGGAUAUAGAAGAACCUGUUAAGGUUGUUAAGUUAAAAAACAAGAGUUUAGCAAGCAGGUUAGGAAAAAGACGUAUAGAAAGCAAUCAGUAUAAAGAUAUACAGUCUGAUGACAGUAGCUCAGAUUCAGAAUGGAAAGUAAAAUCGAAAACACCUAGAAUGAGGAUGCAUGCUGAUGAUGAAGAAUCAAGACAGAAGAGAAAACAGACACAGUAUGCUAAAGAGUCACCUGCUGAUGGGUUUUCUCCAUUGUCAAUUGAAAUUGAAAAUUCUAGCAAUCAUUAUUUAUUAAGAAAACAAACAAUACUGUCAGAAAAGUUUAAGAAGCAUGUUACUCAUAAACAAAAACAUGGCAUACAAUCACGUUUAGGUGAUAAGGUAGUUUCAGUAGAAAAUAGUCGAUCUAGUAUAGAGUCAUCGGAUGACUCUGAUAGCAACGUCACUAGCAGGGUACAUAAAGUAAACAGCACAAUAAAAAGUACAAACAGUGUGUGGUCCAGAUUAGAUAUGAACCAGAGUAAUUCAAGUGCUCAGAAUACUCAUAAGGACUUGCGCCAAGUAUUGAAAUCAAGAAAGCAUAAAAAUUCAAAUGACUUGAGAGACAGAUUAGGCCAGCCGAGGCAGAGUAAUUUAAGAAUUGAAAUAGAUAAUACUUAUGCACAUGAUUUAUAG